AUGAGCGCCAUUGAACCCCGACCACCGGUCGCUUCGACCUCAGCUCCUCCAGCCACCUCCGCAGGACCCUCCACCACCGUUUCGGGCUCGAAUGCCACCAGCUCGCCCAAAGAGUCCAACGAGGACGACCCGGACAAGCCGAAGCGCACGCAAACCUGCUUCCGCUGCCGUCAAUCGAAAGUCAAGUGCGUGUUUGAGGACAAUGCCUCUUCUUGCCGCCGAUGCCUGCGUCUCGGCGUGAGCUGCGAGCUGCAGGGCAAGAAGGAGCCGCUCAGCUGGCAGAUGCGCGUGCAGCACCAGCUCGCCGCCUUGGAGGGCUCUCUACAGAAUUUCCUGGAGAAGCAGGGGACGCUGUCGCCCAUGGACGCGCGAGAUAAGAGGAGCAGCUUUCCCAGAUCGCGCGAUUCGCCCGGUGGCAGCAGACCCGAUCACGACGGAGGAUCCAAGAAACGUAGACGCACCAUCGCGAGCGAUCAGCGAACGUCGAGCGAUCCUUCGGGUGUAGGGUACGCUGGACACGCGCAUACAGCCGGCGAGAGUCCGAUCUAUGCCGAGUUGAACAGCGGGUCUACCUCGAGCUAUCCGUCCACCACCCACUUUUCGCCGCGCGACAUGGACAGGAACGCACAUCACAGCAGUGGGCUGUUGAGCUCUCUGGUGGCCUCGACAAACGGCGCGUACGGUAGUCCCUCAAGGUCCAGAAUAACCGACAUGGAACCUCCUGGCUCCACGGGCGGACCGUUGGUAGCACACGCCGAUUCCGGCAGCAUCGCCGCAGCGAGUGCGUCUUUGCACGACGACCACGCAAUGGCGGACGACGACGGUGCCCCGGCGAGCGCGGAGCGAGGACCGUUCCAGACGGACGACGAGAACGAUCAAGCUUCACGGCCGCUCUCUGCGAUCCAGAAGCUGAGGAUGAGCGUUCUCGAUCGCAAGAAGGAGCUCUCGCGCUCGGGCGAACGCGUCUUUCCGAACCUCUACAGGAUGGCCACCUCGGACGUGGGCAGCAAGGAUCCACGUCCCAACGUCAUCAAGCAGGACCUUGUCUCGCCGUCAGACGCAGUGGUCCUCUUCCGCUUCUUCGCCGAGUAUCUCGACCAGUACAGCUUCGGCUUCCCGACCUACCGACCGGACGCUAUCAUGUCUCCUAUGAUCCUCACCUCGGUUGUAUGCGUCGCCUCGCUCCACCACGCCCAGCUCAAUCGACUCCACGCACCCCUCAAAAACGAUCUCAUCGCACGCCUGCAGACGGACGACCCGAGCUUCCCCUGCUCCGACGUCUACGAGACGCUCUUCUCCUCCUCCGCUUACCGCUCUUCGCAUCUCCAGUCCAACCUGCAUUUCGAAAAGGAGCUCGAUCCCGAACUCGGUAUCGGCGUCGAAGAAAUUGUGGGAGCGAGCCUGUUUGCCUCAUGGUUCGGCGGCAAGCGCGCGUGGAUGGCCUCUCGACUGGCCCGCUGGUGGUCCGCCAAGUUCCUCCGCCAACAGCAGCACCCGGCCAUGAUGACCAUGGGCGAGAUCAUGUCCAUUCUCCCGCCACCGCGCGAUCUGGGCAAGCAGGAUCUGCUGAGAGUCUGGCUCAGCGCCUACAUCACCGAGAUCCACCAGGCAUGCAUGGAGGGAACACCAUCGAUUGCCGGGCUGAGCAGUCCCCACGCAGUGUGCGACUCGCUGCAGUACUCCAAGGGUCUGUCGCAACGGACGACGCUGCGGGACAGGGUACUGAUCAUUCACUCUCGCAUCGCGUGGAUCGUCAGCAAGGCGUACCAUAUCGCGGGCAGUGGCAGCGCAGAUUGGAGCAAGGAGAAACAGACAAACUCGAAGGCGAGCCCUGCAAGGAACUGUCAAUCGUGCCGCGAUGGCGCGGCAGGUGAAACCAGUGCAGCCGGUGUUGGGCCUGGCACGGAUGCAGCGUCUCGUCUCAGAGCCAUCCUUGGCGCAUUCGAGGAGCUCGACUCAUGCCAAGAAGAGAUGGCGGGCAGGCUGGACGCAGAUGCAAUCGGCGAAUCGGAGAGCAUGCUCUACCUCGACCUCUUCCUCGCGCGUGUGCUCAUAGCGUCCAUCGGAUGCGACUUCCUCGAUUCGACGCUGUGGGAUGGCAGUCUGGGCGAGAGCUCAGCCUACUCUCGCGGCAGCAAUAGGGAUAAGACCCCCGAGGCGGACCUGCAAAGCCUGCGCAGCAGGACGCUGCGCGAGAGCCUCACCCGUGGCGUAGACGGUGCGCUGCGGUCGUUGGAGCUCAUCUGCCUACCUGGAUCGACGGGAGCAGGCGGGUCAGGGCCAGACGGGAGGAUCUGGAACGAGGUCUCGCUCAACAUUCUCGUUCUGCCCCUGUGGUUCCAUUGGGCUCUGACACGCUCCGUGUUGUUCCUCAUGAACGUCCUCGCCGAGUACCCCGAGCGUCUGCUGCCCCGGGACAGGUCACGCAGCGUAGAGCUCAUCAACAUGUUCCUCGACCUGUACGGCAAGCAUAUUGGGCACGCGAACAUGGUCCUCAGCCACGCAUCUGGCCACCAUCGGGGAAUCAACUCAGACGCUGGAGGGUACGGCGGACCCGCAUGGUCGCCUUCGGAGGCUGAUGGCAGAGACCACAGGCACAGUGGCACCGGAGAAAAUGGCGGAGAUGCGACAGCCGGUUGGCGCCCAGCGGGGUCAGGAACGGCGCAGGAGAUUCAGCAUCCGGCCACGCCGCUGUUGGACACGCUGAGCCAGUGUCAGACUUGGGCGAGACACGGUGGUGUCAUGUGA